AUGGAAUUAGAAAAACAAAUAUACAAAUUCCACUAUUUCUUAACAUCGUGGAAAUACGCAAGAGUUUCAGCAAAAAGUCUAUUUUUAGGAUUACUAGGGAUAUCAUUAUUAUGUAUAGCUGUGUAUGUAUCUCUUUGCGUAAGACAAGGAGAAAGGAGAUUAGAAUUUUUAUAACAAGACAAUAGUGUAAUUUCUCAAUUUAAUGAGACUGUUGUUUACACAGUAAAUAUUGUAGAUCAUUCAAACAGCGAUCCCUUAUUACAAAUGAGAUUUUCAUUUAACAGAUAUUUAUUAUCACUUAGACAAAACAUUGCAAAAGAUCAUAAUAUAACUUAGGAAAUACUUUUUGUCGAUUCCAACAAUUAUUAAUCAAAUUUUGAUCUAUUUUUUUUAAAUUUUGUGGAUAUAGAAACUAUGUUUUUAGUUGAUUUUACAAACUAUUUUACAGACAGCGAGCAUGACAUUUUGAUUUAGAAUUUAAAAACAAGAGAAAUGUGGUAUUGGGGAAAGAAUUCUUUGAAAAAUGAUGAAUCUACCUCUUUGUACAUUAAGAUGAUAAGAAAUAUUUUUUUGUGUCAAUAGAUUUUAGUAUCCCUAUUUUUUGUCUCUUGCACUUCAUCAAUCAUAAUUCGUCUAUUUAUGUUAUCUGUGCCAGCAUUCUCCUAUAUUAUAAGGAGUUCACUGUAGCGAAUAUUCAGGUAGGAAUAGGAAUUAAAUAAUCAGGGGAAUCAAGAAAAUUGGAUUGGAAUUUACAUAAGGCUACUGGAGAGAAAUAACAAAGUGAAAUAUUACAUUGUCUUUGCCUUUUUGACGAUGAUAUUCUUCUACACAGUAAUUUAUAACCAGGGUAUGGAUUAAGCAACUUAUUUUAUGUUUGGGAAAAGCAUUCCUUAGGGAUUAAAUAUAUAUUUUAUGAUGUAAAAUAGUUUAACAUAUUAGAAUAGUAUUUAUAAAUGA